UGAGUACGUUUAAUUGAGGUACCAUAAUAAUUUCACCUUGACAAUCAUGAACACAAAACAAAUGCGUUUCAUUUGAAUUGGGACCGCCCUCUGCGCAUGUGCGAGUCAAGGCGCUCUGAGCCUCUGUUCGUCCCGGCUUUUGCAUCCCUCUCAUGCAACUUCUGGCGGCACUACAGCGGGAUACUGUACGCAAGGCACAGAUAACUCCUAGAAUCCACUCCUUGUUUCACCAGCUGUACCAAGGUACUUUAGGCAACCUCUCAGUGAUUGAUAAUGAAUGUGGAAGUGCAAAGAAUGCAGUGUAGAACUAGCUAGCAGGUAUUUGUUGCUGCAACAUUUCAGGCAGAUACAUGGGCAUUUAAGGGGCAAUUAUCGCUAUCCAUGUCCAUACACAGAUUGCCCUUGUACAUUUAAUAUAUGGAGUAAGCUUCUAAAUCACACAUACAAAAGUCAUGCUAGACAGCUAACUCCAAAGCCAUUAGAAGCAUAUACAUUCCAGUGUCAUGUGUGUUCAUGCAGAGAACUAGCAACAGAAAGAGAUUUUUUUCAACACCUAAAUGGACAUCUCAGGCAUAAUGAAACAGUUCCAUGUGUGUUUUUAGGCUGUAGAUUUAAAACCAACAUUUACAGUACAUUUAAUACACACAGAAACAGGAAACACAAACAGUAUUUGUUAAAAGACUUUCAAGCAAAUGUCAUCAGUACAAGCACUAAUUUUAAUCAAUUAGAUAAUUCUGCAGAUUGGCUAACAGAGCCCAGAGACACAGAGAGAACACUAAGUUGUGAUGAUGCUGCAGAGUUACACCUGCCAAAUUUUAUUGAAGAGAAAGUUGCAUGCAUUUUAUUGAAGUUGGAAAAUAUUGUUCAUGUUCCAAAGGUGGUUAUUGAUGAAGUCCUCUCUGAGCUUCACUAUAUAUUAUGCACACAAUCUUUGCCUUUGACAAAAGCUACAGUUUCUGAUGUAUUUCAAAGUCGUAAUCUACAAGUUGAAGAUUCAGUAGUUGAUGAGCUAUCCACUGUUAUAUGUAAAUCUAACCCAUUAGGCAUAGCUAUUGCAAAGGAUGGCCCUCUUGCUACUGCUUAUAAACGUACACAAUACUAUACCUCUCAUUUUAGUGUUGUUGAGCCAGUUGAGUACAUACUUGAUGCCCUGAGGAAGAGAACAUUUCAGUACAUCCCUCUAUUACAGUCUUUGCAGCAGUUGCUCUCUCAUAAAGGUGUUCUUGAUCAUCUUGAAACUCAGAGAAUACAAAACCAGCCAUUGUCUUGCUUCCAAGAGUACCGAACUGUAAGAGACGGUGAGUACUAUAAACAAAAUCCUUUUCUGUCUGGUGAAGGUUUUAGAAUAGCAGUUAAUCUUUAUGUUGAUGAUUUUGAGAUUUGUAACCCCCUGGGGACAUCUCGUAAAAAACACAAACUCUGUGGUGUCUACUGGGUUUUGGGUAAUUUGCCACCAGGUUCUCAUUCAAAACUAACCUCAAUCUAUUUAGCUGUUCUUUGCAAAUCUGAUGAUGUCAAGGCCUAUGGCUAUGAAAAAGUGUUAGAGCCUCUCUUGCAAGACUUGUACAUAUUAGAACAGCAUGGAGUCUUUAUUUCCCAGGUUGGUCAGUUUGUUAAAGGUUCUGUGCAGUGUGUGAUUGCUGACAAUCUUGGUGCCCAUGCGUUAGGUGGCUUUGUUGAGAGUUUUUCUGGUGGGUCGAUAUGCAGAUUUUGUACGGGAGAUAAAUCAGAAUUUCAAUCCAAGGAUGUGAAGUCUGGUGUUUUCCAACGUAGAACCAAAGAAACCCACAAUGUUCAUGUCCAGACUGCUCAGGAAAGAGCAGCUAUUUGCUAUGGUGUCAAAAAACAGUGUGUUUUAACAGAGCGCCUUUCUCAUUUUCAUGUAAGCUCUGGCUAUCCUCCUGAUAUUGUGCAUGACCUCUUCGAGGGUGUUGUUCCAGUCGAACUUGCACGCUGUAUUGGUUUAUUGAUCUCAAAAAAAUACUUCACUCUUGAGUCCCUUAACACAUUGAUCCAGAAAUUUCCAUACAAAUGGGGAGACAAAACCAAUCGCCCACAUCCCAUACCACGUUCUUUCACAUCUAGCAACACUAUAGGUGGCAAUGCACAUGAAAAUUGGACAUUGUUAAGAUUGCUUCCCUUUGUGAUUGGGCACAUUAUACCAGAGGAUGAACCAGCAUGGCUGGUGUUUCUGGAUCUUAAGGAUAUUGUUGAGUUGGUUGUGGCACCUGUACACACAGAGGAGACCAUUGCAUAUCUUGAAGCUAAGAUCUAUGAUCACAGACAACGCUAUCUUGAACUCUUUCCACAUGUUAAUCUCCUACCUAAACAUCACUAUUUAGAGCAUUAUCCACAAAUGAUUCGUUGCUUUGGACCUCUGGUAGCACUGUGGACAAUGAGGUUUGAGGCUAAACACAGCUUCUUCAAGCAGGUUGCUCGGCAUACAAGCUGCUUUAAAAAUAUAACUCGUUCACUGGCUAUUAAACAUCAGUUUAUGCUUGCCUAUUACACACAUCCCUCCACUCUCAAGAAAUCAUCCUUGGAGGUCACAGAUGUCUCAAUCAUGCCUGUUGAUGUCCUUAGUGAGGGAGUAAGAUCUAAACUGCAUCAGAGAUACCCAGAGGUGACUGAGGUCCAUAUGGCAAAACAUGUAUCUUGCAGUGGUAUACGUUACAGUAAGGGGAUGCUCAUUGUACACGGAUCUGUGGAUGGACUUCCAAAAUUUAACGAGAUAAUUCAACUGUGCAUUCUUAAGGAGAAGCUCUGUUUUCUAGUGAAAGAUGUUUGUGCUUGGUAUAGGGAACAUUAUGGUGGAUUUGAACUGUCUGCCUCACCCACUCGAGAGGUUGCCCUAAUUGAACUUGGUGAAUUGGAGGACUCAUAUCCCCUUGCAGAAUACACUGUAGGGGGCUUGCGCAUGGUAAUGCUGAAAAGGUUUGUCGUUGUUAAAGGUUAGUGACACUGUUGAAUCUAAAUAGCAGAGCCUGACUGAUACAUUGGUUUGCUGAUAUUAGCCUGAUCACAGACAUAUUGGUAUCAGUGUUGUCCAAUAUGUGCUGAUGUAAUUUUUGGAAAAGAACAUAAUGCAGAAAAAGAUGCAUUUCAGACAGUAAAGUUCAUUUUUAGGUAAUAAAAUAUUCUGUUUUCAUUUCAUAUCUUUGUCAUGUUUCAAGUGUUUGAUGACCAUAUUUGAAGAAUCAUUGCAAAAACUGUUUGUGGCUUUGGCCUUGCAAAUUGAGUAUCAGUCAGGCUUCACCAAAUAGUUGGGGCUUUGGAUGUCUGACUUUUGCAAAAUCUCAAACAGUUUUUAUUUCCUAUUAUAUAAUGCAUGUGUUUAUUUCUUGUUCUACUUCUCUCUGGUUUCAGAUCAGGAUUAAAGUUGUUCCAAUGGGAGAUCCAGCCGUUCUGCGGGUCAUCUUUGGAGAUGAAUCUGACUCACGAAAACUGCACCUGGUUUCCGGAAUUCCAGAAACAGUGGACGAACUACAUAAGAUGAUAAAGACAUGCUUUCAAUUGAAUGAGGACUUCCGGUUGCAGUACAUGGAUGCUGACUUUAGUGAGUUCAUGAACCUAACUUCAGUGUCUGAAAUCCAAAAUAAGAGCACACUCAAAGUAAUCUACACGCCUCUUGUCUCACCUGUGGAUCCCUACAUCACUUUGUACCCAGUAGACCAGUCUGAUGAGGUUUCAGUUACUUCUAGCCCAGAGGGUCUACCCUCUUCUUCGUCAGUAGCGUCAUCAAGCAGCAAUGAUACACUGUACACAUCAACCCCCCAUUCAUCCCCAGAAUGUCAGCUCUCGGGAUUGUCCGCCUGGCCCACAGUCUUUGUGGUCCCCAAAUUCAUCUACGAGGCUGAAUUUGAGCUACAGCAAAAGAAUUAUGAGUUUGAGACAAAUGGAACAUACUUCAACCCUGGCCCAAAGCUGAAAGGGGCCAUCCUUGAUGGUCUGGCUCAAGAAAUGAUGAAAUACACCAAAUAUCCAAAAGACUAUCAGUGUGAAGAGGUAGCAGCAGCUUUGACAAGGGCCCAUCCUUGUUUGGGGCAGCUAGGAUCCAAGACAGGAUUUUGGGGAUGGAAACAGUCAUUAAAAUAUAAAAUGCAAAAUUAUCGUACAAAGCUCGGGAGACUUGGACAUCCUGAAAUCCGUGUGAAUUCAUUGAAACACAAACGAGAAGGCCAAGGCAAAGCUGCAGCCAAUAUCAAGAAGCCAAGAAAAGCUGAAGUUAACUACAUUCCUCUGCACCCAAAAGGUGAAACUGCAGAGAGCUUGGAGAAUGAGAGAAUUGCUUUAUUGUCAGAACUGAAAAAGCGUGACAACGAAGCUGUGAUAAAAGCAAAAAUGGAAAAAACCUUCUCCCACAGACGCCUUGAGGUUGUGGAGCAGAGGCCUAUGAUAGGAGACUUCAAAAACAGAUGGCCUGCCUUGUUUGAGCAGAGUGAAGUAAAUGCAGAGUUCUUGCGGAUCACCACCAAGCCUUUGCAAUCAAAGUUCCUGUCACAGCUGGACCACUUUUCUGACAAGCUGAUACAGAUCUUCAAGAGCAAAGGAGGAGUGAAGGGGCAAAAGAUCAAGCAUAUUCUUGCAAUAAAAGACUCGUGCGAUGACAUCAACAUAAAGAGGGAGUGCAUCCUGCGAAGCCUUAUUGUCUAUGUCAACGAAGACCCAGAUGUGUUUUUCAAGGAAUAUUUGCCCUCUGCAGUUGAGGAUGCGGAGAUGGACAUCGCCACCACAGUCAUUGGGAUUUACACAAUUCGAAGAGAUGGACAUGAAGAGCCAGAGGAUGUGGGUGUUGUCAUUGAGGGCAUUAAAGUCCUCAACAAUGUAGGCAGUGUCAUCAUGGGGUUCAUCAUGCUGUUUGGGCUCAUUUAUGCCCUUGAUCUAGCCUUUCCAGAAAACCUCAAGUACACCUUCGAGUUUUUCCAGAAGAUCAUUAUGAACUUGGAUGGGCACAAGCUGAACGCAAAGAUACAGCAGCUGAAAAUCAAGCUCUUUUUAUAAGAAGCAAGCAAUAUGUGUCCACACAGUCACCAUGGGUGUUUUUUGUUGUUUUAAAAUCCUGUUAACCACUUGUGUAGAGCAUCUUGAAGAUUUGUUUGUUACUAUGGAUAGGCUGUGACCGGACUGAAUUAGCAUUUUGUUUCAGGCUCUGUUUUGUGCUGAUGCUAUAUGCAUGUUGUUCAUGUAUAUGUAUAUUUCUUAAUUAUCUGUUUGUAGGCAUCACAUAUUGCAGUUUAUGGUGACACUACAGUUGUCAUGUUUGGUCCAAGCUGGUUAUAACUUGGCUUAGCUUUUGACUCCACUAGAUUUCUAUGACAUUUCCAAGUACUAGUUACUUAGGUUGAAGCAGUUUUUAAGUCAACAGGUUAAUUUCUUUUCUUUUUUAAACUAUGAUAGGCUAUACACAUUGUUCAUCAACAGAGAAAAACAUUGCACUAAUCGAACGUACCUAGACUGCUUCCUGCAUUUUUGAACAGUUUGGUUUGACCUUGGUGGAAAAGUUUGCAUUUUUGUCUCAGGUGCUGUUUCGUAAUGCCACCAUUUGUGUGUUGUUUGUAUUAUAUGUAUAUUUCAUAUCUGAUCGAAGGAAUUACGUAUAGCAGUUAAUGGUAAAAGUUCAUAACUUACUUUAACUUUGUUGCUUGUUAUCUAGGCUGUUAAAGGCAGUGUAUUGACACAAGUCAUAAAGUUGUUGAGUUCAUGGAUCACUUUCAAAGAUCCAUUGACGGGUUGCAUGUUGAUGUUAUAUAUGUAUAUACAUAUUCAUUUAAAAUAAAAACACAUCAACCAGG